CUUCCCUCUCCCUCUUCCUAACCUCCUCGAAAGAUCUUCUUCACAGUGUUUACAUGCACAGACAAACAAUUCCGCAAUCAACGGAGUAAAUAGACUCUUUCCUGAUCGCUAUCGCCUAUCGCUCCUACAACUCGUGUUUCUCCACGCUCCGCCUCCGACAUGGUCCUUUUGCGACUCGGUGUUAAAGUCUUCUCCCGCGAGCAGCUGCAGGGCGCAUCGUCAUCGACUGAUCGUGAUGGCCUUGGUCGCGCAAAGCCUCAAUUCCGGGACCGGGAGAUAGAUAGCUUCUUGGUCGUACUCGAUAGCCCUGAGGAGACGAAUCUGGGCGAAUUGGCCCAUAUCAUAUGCGAGAAAUGGAAAAAGAGAAGACCGAAUGCCGAACCUCUCGAGAUCAAAAAGCUGCUUGACGAUGAGAACGAUGACUACGACCUCGAUGCUGAAUUGACUGUGGCCGAUGUCUUCGUCAACCAAGGCAAGGCUCGUCAGGAUGCUUCCGAUCAGCGCGCCACUGUCCGCGUCAUUCAGAAGCCAAGCCAAUACACACCUGUUCGAUUGCCCUCCGUUACUCACGACUGGGAUGCUCUUGCAGAAGACGCUGAGCGCCAGAGGCAAAUCAAGAAGGAGAUCAUCAAGAAGGAAAUGAACCAAUUCCCGACCAUCUAUGAAGACCCCAAGGAUGCUUUCAGAUUCGAAUUGGCUCGUAACCGUACGACCUCUUCAGCAGGGAGUAUGCAUGACAGUUUAAUGCGCCCUCGCGAUAUUCCUGUCUUCUCUGUUGAGAGAGAUGAGAUUCCUGGAUCACCUCCACACUUAGACAAACAGAUCGCUCAGCAGCAACUGCAACGUCGUCAACGGACGGCUAGUGUAUUCGCGCCAACCCCUACACACAAGCGGGCGGAAAGCCAGGAAUUGGGCGAUUUGCAUUGCAAGGAGAGCAAAUCAAGCAUCCUAAAGACACACCCACUAUUUGCCAAGAGCAGCUCGAGUCAAGUGAGGGCGCCGCAGACUAUAUCAGAAGAGGAAACAGACCCUUUGCAUGCCCCGUUGCAGAGUGAUGUCGGCGUCGAGCAAAAUCGUCCCAACAAAAGCGAGAUCAUGGAGAUCGUCAUCGACGAAAGUGAACCUGAAUACAUCAAUGAAGGAUUGGAGACUCUAGAACGGGCGGCCACGACGACCCGAGCUACAACCCAAGUAGUGCUAGACGAUCUGUCUUCUGGACCAGCCCAUGCGGGGAUAAGUAAUCCGAGGGGCAAUGUCUCCGGCAGUACAAACGCCGAUGCUCUGCAAGACAAUGCAUUGCGUAAGCGAAAGCUGAGCCCGGAGACUUUGAAGCCCAACAAGGAGCCGCGACGACAGGAGCCUAAGAGUACCCAAGCAGUGGAGGACACCUCGGCGCACUCUUUGACAAAAGCCGAGGCUAGUUCCAGCACGCCGCGCCGUCGUGAUAGAGCCCCGUCUUUCUCAGGCGCUGGGCGACGUUUGGGCCUCGGAGAGUGCUCACCCCGAGCGCAACCUAAGUCUGGCCUUGGAUUAGGCAUCACCAGCAGCCCUUCUAGCAAGCCAUCAGCAGUGCGCGCACCCUCGCCUAGCUCACCGUCACGUGCUCAGAGAACCCCAUCGAAGCUGGCGACUCCAAUGAAAGGGGGCCCAACAACUCUGUGCAAGGGCACAUCGGCUGACGAGCAGCCUGAACGCCGCGGAACAGUAUCGUCUCCUCAUAAUGUUGAUCUCAUUGUGACCAAAUCCGGGCCAGCACCCGCGUCGACUCAAAGAGGGUCCAGUGGCACUAGUAAGAAACAGGAAGCAGUCCGGGAUACGAAAGUUGCCGAUCAAUCUCCUAUGAUACCUAAGCCUGGUGCAAAGGAAAAUACCAAACAAGCCGUAUUCGAUGAAUUUGAAGCGAAAGCGUGGGUGGCGGAAGCACGACAGACGCUGGAGAAAGCCACAAAGCAGGGCUGUGAUCAUAACGGCAUUCCUCUGUUAAAGGCAGUGCUGAACACAUGGGAUGCACUUCAGAAGCCCAACCCAAACGGCCGACGGAAGAACGAAGCUUCUGCUAAGAGAGAGCAACGGAAUAAAUUCAAAGACUUGCGUCAGCAGGUCGAGAAAUCGGGGCUCUUGAAGAGCCUACUUGCAGCAUCUUCGAAGACGAAGUCAUUACAGCCAACCAAAAAGGUCGAACCAAUGCGUACAACACCGGCCGGUUCGAAAAGCGCGACCAAAGCCAAUGGCACCCCAACCCCUCAACCGACGCAAGGAGGGUCAGUUCCACGGGUCCAGAGCUCCUUGACAUCGACUCCAGCUCGUAGUACACAGGCUAAAAAUGGGUCAACGACGCCGACGAAGCUCGAUCUCACCGGAUCAAGUUCAGGGUCUGACUCGGAAUCAGAUUCAAAUUCAGACUCAAGCUCGGAGUCUGAAGAAGACAACAGUCCGCCACCUUCAACGCAGAACGUCACCCAUCGGCCCAAUGCGUCUACGCCUUUCACUUCGAAGUCUCCGCCGUUGUCCCGACUCCCUCCCACGACUGUCACCUGGUCGCACGCACGCGGGGUUCCCCAGGCGACUCAUUCUUCACUGAAAGAAUUGAAAGAGAGACGGCAGAAGGAACUAGCGGAGCAGCAGAGGGCUAGAGAGUUGGAGGCAAGCAAGCAUCUCCAGUCAAAAGCAAAGCCAGUCAUCCCUGGAGCUGAUCAGGACAGUGAAAGCGAGGAAGAGAGCGAAAGCGAAAGUGAGAGCGAGAGCGACAGUGACAGUGGGAGUGGCAGUGAUUAAUGUAGGAUACAUGAGUCUGUCAUG